AUGGCAACAAGUGCGACAAAAUUAUCUAAUAAUAAUUCUACUUCCUCUUCAUCCAAUAAAACAACAAUUUUAUCUUCAUUCCCACCAACCACUGAUGCAACAUUACCAAUACCAACUGUUGAACGUGUAAUGAAAUCCAUUCCAUGUCCACCAAAUACACGUUUAACAGCUUAUGAUGUAUUCGAUUCACGUGGAAAACCUCGUGUUGAUGUCCUAAAAACAUAUUUCAUUGCUGAAGGACGUGUAACUGAAGACGUAGCACUUAAAAUAAUUGAAGAUGGUGCAAAAUUAUUACGAGAAGAAAAAACUAUGAUCGAUGUUGAAGCCCCAAUAACUGUAUGUGGUGAUGUUCAUGGACAAUAUUUUGAUUUAAUGAAAUUAUUUGAAGUUGGUGGUUCACCAGCUACUACUCGUUAUUUAUUCCUUGGAGACUACGUUGAUCGGGGUCAUUUUAGCAUUGAAUGGGUUCUUUAUUUAUGGUCAAUGAAAAUUCUUUAUCCUACAACAUUUUUUCUUCUUCGUGGUAACCAUGAAUGUAGACGUUUAACGGUCUAUUUUAAUUUUAAAACUGAAUGCUUUGAAAUUAUAACAAAUGUUACAGAUCAACAGGAUUCAAUUAGUUCGCCACAACAUCAGCUAACUCAAUAUCCAGCUGUUUCUCGGAGUUCAAAUAACAUUCAAAUUGUUGUUCAGCCGAAAGCAACUCAACGUCCAUGUUAUUUAUCAGAUUUUAUUGACAAACCUCCACGUUACAUUCGAGCACUACAGUAUAAAGAAAACGGAAAAGCGUACGACUAUCCAGCUAUUAGAGCACGAAGAGAAAGUUAUAAAGGCAGUAAAUUUACAUCAGCUCGACUAAGAAGUAAACAAACAUUUUUAUACGGCCGACUUCAGAUUCGUGCUAAAUUACCUUCGGCAAAAGGAACAUGGUCUUCAUUUGUUCUGCUUCCCGCCGAACGCACCUACGGCAACGCAAUAUGGCCAGAAAAUGGUGAAAUUAAUAUCCUUUCACACUUUGGGCGUAAUCCAUCAAGAAUUGAAUCAUCAGUUUCCACCAAAUUAAAUAAUCCAUUACGAAACAAUCUUCCGAUGAGUACAGUUGAAGUUGCUGACGCAAGUACACAGUUUAAAAUUUAUACACUGCUAUGGGCGCCGGAUCAAAUUGAAAUGUUUGUUGGUUUGAACGAAGCAAAUGCAUUUGAAAGACGGAUUUUUAUUUGGGAAAAACUCAACCGAGACUGGACGUCCUGGCCGUUUGAUAAACCAUUUCAUCUGGAAAUAUAUUUGGCUGUUGGCGGAGAUGUGUAA